AUGUGGGUAUUAGCAGUGCUGCAGCUUUCUAUUGUGUGUAGGGCUCAUGCUGGUAAAUGUGGUCUCUUGGAUCCCCAGCCUACUGUUCACAGAUAUUAUCAAUCAGGAGAUCUCAUCGUUGGAAGCAUCGCUUCACACACCAUCUUCCACAGCAGUCUGAAGGACUUCAGUGAACAGCCUUCCCAGUCGCUAUCUGAAGAUUUUGUUGCAGAAACUAAUAACUACCAGCACAUCCUGGCCUUGGUGUUUGCUAUAAAGGAAAUCAAUGAAAAUUCCCAGAUAUUACCCAAUGUCACCAUCGGAAUCCAUAUCUACGAUGGCUAUUUGAAAGCAAGGUGGACUUAUCAUGCUGCAAUGCAACUUCUUUCCACAAGGAACAGAUUUGUCCCCAACUACAAGUGUGACUUCCAGGACAAUAUCAUUGCAGUCAUUGGAGGACUUCACUCUAAAACCUCUCUGCACAUAGCAAAUGUUGUGAGCACCUACAAGUUUCCACAGCUCUUGUACGGAUUUGCUCCAAGGAUGGAUGAUAAAAACCAAGCUCUUUCCUUCUACCAGAUGGUCCCAAAUGAAGCCCUGCAGUACGCAGGGAUUCUCCAGUUACUUCUCCAUUUCAAGUGGACAUGGAUUGGAUUCAUCGCUGAUAACAGCGAGAAUGGAGAAAGAUUUGUGCAAAAGAUGAUUCCAGGGUUUUCCCAAAGUGGCAUUUGUUUUGCCUUCAUAGGUAUAUAUUACAAUUUGGGCUUCGAUGAUGAUUUACGUGGAACUUUAAACUGGAUGGUGGAAGUGCACAAUAAAUUGGUGAACUGCACAGCCAGUGCAGUGGUCUUCUAUGGAGAAGCUGAUUCCAUGAUCAAUUUCAGGUGGCUGCUGUAUCUGCCCACACUACAAUAUGCAGUACAAAACCCCAGAGGUCAAGUGUGGGUUCUGACAGCUCAAAUGGACUUUACAUCACUUCACUACCAAAGAAGGUGGGGUAUUCAAGGCAUUCACGGUGCUCUAUCUUUCGCAGUUCACUCCAAUAAACUACCGGGAUUCCAACAUUUUCUUCGCAGCAGAAACCAUUUAAGUGCAAAAGAAGAUGGUUUCAUCAGAGCCUUCUGGGCACAAGCUUUCAGUUGUGUAUUUCCAGAUUCAAUUUCAGACAAGAUGGAUGAGGAUCUCUGUUCUGGAGAGGAGAUGUUAGAGAAUCUUCCUGGGCCUGUGUUUGAAAUGCACAUGACUGGCCACAGCUACAGCAUCUACAAUGCUGUCUAUGUCAUCGCCCAUGCAUUGCAUGCCAUGUAUUCAUCCAAAUCCAAGAGCAGAACAAUGGGAGAGAGAAGGAAACUUCAGAAUGACCAGCCAUGGCAGCUCCAUCACUUUCUGAGAUGUGUCUCAUUUAACAACAGUGCUGGAGACAAGAUUUCCUUUGACCAGUAUGGGGGGUUAGAAGCAGGAUUUGAUGUUGUCAACUGGGUCACCUUCCCCAAUCAGUCUUUUGUUAGAGUGAAUGUUGGCAAAAUGGAUCCCCAUGCUCCUUCACUCCAAGCACUCGCCAUUAGCAAGGAACUGAUUGUAUGGCACAGCUGGUUUAAUCAGGUACAACCCCUUUCUUUAUGUAAUGAUAAAUGCCACCCUGGUUAUAGCAAGAAAAUAAAGGAAGGAGAGCCAUUCUGUUGCUAUGAUUGUGUUCCAUGUCCAGAAGGAAAGGUGUCUGAUCGAGAGGAUACAGUGGACUGUUUUUUAUGCCCAGAUUAUCAUUAUCCAAACAAGGACCGGAAUUUAUGUAUCUCCAAGGUUUUAAGCUUCUUGUCUUAUGAAGAACCACUGGGAAUCUGUUUAGCCUUUAUUGCUCUGUUAUUUUCUUUGGUUACAGCUCUGGUAUUAGGGAUGUUCAUGAAGCAUCAUGACACUCCCAUUGUCAAAGCCAACAACAGGAGCCUCACUUACAUACUUCUUCUCUCCCUCCUGCUCUGCUUCCUCUCUCCUUUGCUAUUUAUUGGCCAACCAGUAAAGAUGGCAUGUCUCCUUCGCCAGUCUGUGUUUGGUAUUAGCUUCUCAAUGGCCAUCGCUUCUGUGCUGGCAAAGACCAUUAUGGUGGUCUUGGCUUUCAAGACUACGAAGCCAGGAUCCAGGAUGAGGCAGUGGGUAGGAAAAAGAUUGACCAACUCCAUUGUUCUUGUGUGUUCCCUUAUUCAAACAGGCAUUUGUGCAGGGUGGCUGGCAGCCUCUCCACCAUUCCCUGAUGCUGACAUACACUUAAUGACUAAAGAAAUAGUCCUGGAAUGUAAUGAAGGAUCACCUACCAUGUUUUACUGUGUUAUUGGCUAUAUGGGUUUCCUGGCCACGGUCAGCUUCACUGUGGCAUUCCUUGCCAGAAAAUUACCUGACAGUUUCAAUGAAGCCAAAUUUAUCACUUUUAGUAUGUUGGUCUUCUGUACUGUUUGGCUGUCCUUUGUUCCAGCCUACCUGAGCACCAAAGGAAAAUACAUGGUGGCUGUGGAGAUCUUCUCUAUCUUAGCCUCUGGGGCUGGUCUUUUGGGAUGCAUCUUUGCCCCCAAAUGCUACAUUAUUCUACUGAAGCCCGAGAUGAAUAACAAGGAAUGGAUUGUAAGGGACAGGCAUUGUAGAAGAUAA